AUGUCGGACGGAGAAGAGACCAUGUCCAACCCCCCCGUUGCCGCCGACGAGGUCGAGGUUUCGGCCGACGCUGGCGCCGGUGGCCAGAUGUCCGUGCUGGACGCUCUGAAGGGCGUUCUCCGCAUCUCGCUCAUCCACGACGGUCUUGCCCGUGGACUCCGCGAGGCCGCCAAGACCCUGGACCGUCGCCAGGCGCACAUGUGUGUGCUCAACGAGGGCUGCGAGGAGGAGGCCUACAAGAAGCUUGUUGUGGCGCUUUGCUCCGAGCACAAGAUCCCCCUCAUCAAGGUCCCCGAUGGAAAGAUGCUCGGCGAGUGGGUUGGUCUUUGCCAGCUUGACCGUGAGGGCAACGCCCGCAAGGUCGUCAACUGCUCUUGCGUCGUCGUCAAGGACUGGGGUGAGGAGUCCCAGGAGCGUUCCGUCCUCCUGAACUACUUCCAGACCGAGCAGUAA